UUUACUAGGAGCUGCCUACAGAAGAGAGAGGAGGAAGAAAGAAAAAAUAUCACAUGAAAUUAGUUCAGUGCGCCGUCACACAGUGGGAAUCGUGAUUUUGAAGCCGGGAAAGACAAUAUUUGUGUCUGCAACAUUUAAAGUUGGUAUUUUACCCACAGAGAGUGUGAUAUUUCUUUGUUUUGUACUUCAACAAAUGCCUUAUUUUAUGCCGAGAAGACUUACAUCUUACAUCAGGUUGCAUGUAUGCAGUGUUAGUAGUGUACUGCAUAUUGGAAAACGGACCCUGGCUAAAAGAAUGGAUUUUAAAACUAUUCAUCUCUGAUUCAAGAUCCUGGUCAUUUUUCGUGCAGCCCUUGGCAGCCCUGGUGGACAGAGAACACAUUUUGGGACUUUUCGGGAGCCACAGCCCAGUAGUCUGAAUGGGAAAGGCAGGAUUCCGGAGAGGGCCUGGACGGGAGUGGGAGUGAAGAUGGAAAACCUCGUGGAGUUUGGGAGUCGCUGUCCAACCGGCAGGAGGGAAUGGGAAACCAGCAGUUGUGUGGAUGAUCUGAUGGAUGAAGAUGAGAAGGACAGGGCAAAAAGGGCAUCACGUAACAAAUCGGAGAAGAAACGAAGAGACCAGUUCAAUGUCCUCAUUAAGGAGCUCUGUACUAUGUUACAGGGACAAGGUCAUCCCAGGAAAAUGGACAAGUCAACCAUAUUGCAAAGAACAAUUGACUUUCUACAGAAACAGAAAGAAAUCACAGCACAGACAGAGUCAUGUGAGAUCCGGCAAGAUUGGAAACCUUCGUUUCUUAGUAAUGAAGAGUUUACUCAGUUAAUGCUGGAGGCUUUAGAUGGUUUUCUUAUAGCACUUACAACUGAUGGAAACAUAAUAUAUGUGUCGGAUAGUGUUUCAUCACUUAUUGGUCAUUUACCGUCAGAUAUGGUGGACCAAAAUAUCUUAAACUUUCUCCCUGAGAGAGAACAUGGGGAGGUCUACAAGCUUCUAUCAUCACACAUGUUGAUGACAGACCCCAUUGCUGCAGAUUUCCUGGAAAAUGAGACACAUAUUGAGUUUUGCUGUCAUCUAGCUAGAGGAAACAUAGAUCCAAAGGAGCCCCCUACAUAUGAAUAUGUGAAAUUUGUAGGAGACUUUAAGUUUCAUAACUAUGUGCCUACGUCCUCAUGUAACAGCUUUGAAUUAGCAUUGCCAAGACCAAUGCAGUCCUCACCAGAAGAACAAGUCUGCCUUGUAGCUACUGUCCGGCUUGCAACACCACAGUUUUUGAAGGAUCUGUGUAAUGUAGAGGAUCCUUGUGAUGAAUUCACAUCUCGGCAUAGUCUAGAAUGGAAAUUCCUGUUUUUAGACCAUAGAGCUUCACCCAUAAUAGGCUACUUGCCCUUCGAGGUGCUAGGAACUUCUGGCUAUGAUUAUUAUCAUGCUGACGAUCUGGAGCUUAUAGCACGGUGUCAUAAGCAAUUAAUGCAAUUUGGGAAGGGAAAAUCCUGCUACUACCGAUUUCUGACCAAAGGACAGCAAUGGAUUUGGCUUCAGACACAUUAUUACAUUACUUAUCACCAGUGGAACUCCAAGCCAGAGUUCAUUGUGUGCACGCAUACUGUUGUCAGCUAUGCAGAAGUGCGAGCAGAGCGAAGGAGAGAACUUGGGCUGGAGGAAUCGAAUUCUGAAAUGGCCUCCUCAUCCAUUAAGAGCCACGAGGUGUACCCUGACGUGCAUCAGGAGGUGCCGAGGGAGCGAGCCAGCGGCAGCCAAGCCCGAUCUGUGUCCUCUCACAGCUCGCACAAGUCCUCACACACGGCCCUGUCGGACUCGGCAUCAAACUCUUCAAUCAGGUACACAGAAACAAGUACGCCCUCCCGCCAGUCCAUGGGGCCAGAAAAGCCUGCUUCAAGAAUUCAGCCUAGCAGUUCUAAGACUUUGGUACCCAGCCAGACCGCUUCUGAAAUUCUUCCUCAGCAACAUGUACCACCAUCUCCGGCUUCCAGUCAGCACUCUCUCAUGCAGCCGAUGUACCAGUUCCCACCCCAGCUGGGGGUGAUGCACCAGCUGAAAGAGCAGCUGGAGGAGCGAACUCGGAUUCUACAGGCCGACAUCAAGACACAACAGCAGGAGUUGCAUGUGAUCAAGGAACAACUGCAGCUUGUAAACAACUCUAAUCUGCAGAUGUUGUUGCAGCAACCCGCUCCUGUGGGAUUUAGCUCAGUGCAACACCAAGGGCCUGGAAGGUCCAGUCAGCCACAGCAGCAGCAGCAAUCAGGGGUUAUCAGGCAGCCAUCUGGUCACUCCAAACAGCCUCUAAUGGGAUCUGAGCACCUCUGCAGACCACACAGUUCCUCGCCACACUCACUCAUGAGGGAACCCAGCACACCCUCUCCACAGGUCCAGCAGAGAGCCAUCCAUGGGAGUCAGAUGCAGCCAUCCAGUCUGCCAGUGCAGACCCAUGCUAGCCUGACCAUGCCACUUUACAGCAACCCCAUGAUGUUCUCACAGACCAGUUCCCGGCAAGCACAGUUGCCAGUGUCUCAGGAUGUGAGCCAGCAACACUCGGAUGCUGACUUCAACCAGGAUAGACAAUUACGCAUGCUGCUCAAUCAGCCAAUUCAGCCAUUAAUGCCAGACAGCAGUGGAAGUGGUCAGCCCUCACAGUGCAAUACAGCAAUGCAGCAAACCAAAUACACACUUGACCAGCAGAUGGUGACCCCUUCAUUACCACUGCAGCAGAUGAACUGUAGUGCUGUUAUAGUCCCAUCCCCUGUGUUCACAUCACCCAUCAUGAUUCCGCACAACAGCUUUAUUACCCAUCAAGCACAGCCUGCCUAUCAUCAGCAGCCUCCUGUGUCACAGCAGCCACUUCAGCUCCAGCAGCACCAUCAGUUCUUUCAGAUGCAGCCUCCUGGGUUGUUACAUAGUGGACAGACUCAGACUCUCUUCCACACCACUCAUCUACCACAGCAAAGCACCAUAGGAUACAGCCAACAGCAGUCACAACAGCAGCAGCAGCAACCACAACAACAGCAGCUCCACCAUUCUCAGAACCAGACGGGCAGCCUUUCAGACAUGCGAAACAUGCUGCUUCCCCGGUAGCCACAGAGGAAUAGGAAUGUGGCGGAGAACAUUACAGUUCCUCUGACAGGAUUCAAAGGGAUGCCUGGAACAUCAGUAGCUUGAGGCGCUAAUGGGCCCCAGUAUGAAGGCCAAAACUGCUGCCCCCUGGUGGCAAACAGAGCUGUGAAAUCUGUCUUUGGUGGCCUUACACUGGAUAAGGUACUGCCUUUUUAUGCAUUUAACUAUUCUAUUUUUGUAUUCCACAUGUUCUGUGUACUGUGGGCAAAAGCUACCAAGACAGGUCCCUGCUUUUCAAGCAUAACCUCUGGCCAGUGCAGCCCAAAUUGGAGUGCAGAAGCGCUUCAAAGGCCAUUUCUAUUCAUGCGCUGGGGCCACACGCUGUGUGAAACAGAAACAGAAAUGGCACUUGCCUGAAGCUGGGUAUGAAAAAGGAAAUGUUCUGGGUAUUUUCUUGAGGUGGGGUGAGCUCUAUCAAUAGCUAAGUGGGCCGUAAUAUUGGCAAGGCUCCAGUGUCUGUCCUGCAAGUCUAACAGUAAGCGGAAAUGGACCCUGUUAAUUGCCCUGGCAUAAAGGUGCUAAAUCCUGAGCACUUCAUUUCAUAGAAUGCUGCGGUAUUACUGACAAGAAUAUCAAGCUGCACUACCUUGGGUUUGUAUAAGAAGACAUAACAUAUUUGGGCAUUAAAGAAGAGUUUUUAAGGAGCCAAGUACUCUUGAGACCUCAGAGAACUAGCAUAAAUGACAGUCUUUUUCACAGUAUUAUGCGAUGGUAGUAUUGAGCACAUAUGAACACUACUGACACCACUUCUAGAUGUUUAACAUUAGUCUGUUCAAAGUCACUAGAAAAAAUUACCUGUUAAAGUUUUCACCUUUCAAAAGACAAAAGCCCAUUUUUAAAAUUUAGUUAAUGGAUUUUACCCUUACCAAGGGUAAGGUUUAAGGCUUAAGAUUUGCAAAGUAUGUCAUCCAAGUCAAUUUCUCAGUCUGUGUUUUGGCUACAAUGUUUUUGCUGUUGGAAAAAUAUAAAACAUUAGUCCCCUUCUUAACAGCAUUUUAAAAAACCUGAUUUUCUCAUUUUUAAAGCCAGAAGAAAAAUACAGAGUUUUAUUUACAAAACAUAAUGUAUGCUCUGCAUGAUGAGUCUGCAGUUAUGUGGGUGUUCACGCUGGCUGCUAACUCAAGGUGCUUCUUUUCCAGUUGUAUAGCAAAGCAAAAAAUAUUCAAUUGUUUUUCUUAAUGACAACAAAUAGAAAAAUGUUAAAUUUUAUGUAACUUAAUCCUGGAUGGAGAGGACAGUUCUUGGUAACAAGAGAUUUACUCUGGUCUUUACACUAUAUUCAUUCCACUUUCACUUUUCAGACACAUAAGGUACUGCUGUGAUAUUGUAUUCCUGGUGAAGGCAACCUUUUCUUUAAGAUGGCAUAUCUGCCUCUCAACUGAUUUUUCUAGGUCAGUAGUUUUUGCCACUAUAGUAUUUUAUGUAAACCUAUUGAACACUUGGGCUGAGCGAUAUACAUGUGUAAGGCAUGUUAUUAUACAGGGAGAUGAUAGCAGUCACUUGGUACAAGAAAAGAUUACAGUAACUUUACUGCUGUGGUAAAUUUAUCAUAAUACUAUUACUAUAUUUUGAAAAGUUGUGGAUCAGUCAGGAGCAAUGACAGAACUUUCUGUUAUGUUAUAUGUAAUUCACUCUCAUUUAUGUGUCCUUUGAAUAAAUCUGCAGGCCCUGCACAUAAAGAGACAUCAGCCAGCCACUUGACCAUGAAUUUCACAACAGCCUGCUUUAUGAUGGAAGGUUCUAAUAAUAAUUUAUAGAAAAGUAACAGUAACAAAAUUGGUGCUUGUCAUUAUUUUUGUACAUCCAUUUAUGUAGUUGUGCAUUUAUACUGCAGAGUAGAAUUGAACUCUAAUUCUACUCUGUGUAAAUAGGGGACAAAAUCAAGUCUGUCAUAUUUCUCCUAGUUGUCAGGCCUUGAUGUACUAGUCUUUAAAAUGGCACAAUUUGUUGAUUAAACCCAUUAAAGUCAUAUUAGAAAUAGUAUAACCUUUUCCUAAUGCAUUACAUUGAACUGUAUGAAUAGGGAAAAGCAGGUGGUAAAGGAAAAAAAAAACACUUUAAAAGUCAUUAAAUUAUAAUGUUAUCAUAAUCCAGCUAUCAAUGUAAAUGUUGCAAAUGUAGUGAUAAUUGUUGAAGGCACUUGGACAAGCCACUGGGUUUUUAAAUGUAUUUCAAUAUGCUUAAAAAAAACUAAAUAUUAACAAAUAACAAAAGGCCACAUCUAGUCUUCAUAAUACUAGGUAGCAGCAGCCUUUGAGUGGUUUUUGAAAAAAAUAUGUGCUUAUAUUAAUUUUACACUACAGUCUUUCAUUUCCAGUAAGGUGUUGCAAUGGAUUCAAGCUCCUAAGUUGCUCAACCAAUAAUUGUGCUCAUUUGGAGCAAUGAUUGAGCACAUUUUGGUAUCUGUAAGAUUUAUAACCUAAAUAAAAGUAAAAACUAAUUAUUCUGCAAAGACAUUGACAUAAGGAAAAUUUACAUAACAAAUAUUAAAGAAUCUCCAGUUUCAUUGAUAAUAUUCUACAAUUGUAUUGCAAUCGCAGAGGAGCUCCUUCUUCAAGUAUAGUGUCUUUCUUUUCAGCUUUCUACCAAAAGAAAAACUUUCAGAUUUUUUAUAGCUUUCACUUGCAUCGACUAUGUUAAUUACAAAGUGUUGCCACUGCUGUGCUGGAACUAUUUUAGUGUUUAUAUGUAGUACACUAUUGAAUGAACACAGUGAGGUUACUGAUCAUGCACAUUUCUGUAACUAUACAAGGAUUUGUCCACUAUAGUGUCGUUAUGCAACUCUCCACUGCACACAACCAAAAUAAGCCGUUGAGUGUUACAAUUGAAAUUUGAAUUAUGGUGGCACUAGCAAAAUACUGGCACAUUUGUUUCUCUUUUGAAGUAAUUAGUCGGGUUGACAGCUUAAAAUACUCUGAUUCAUGCCAUUGAUUUGUUGAAGAUAUGCUAUGUUUAAAUUAAUUUACCCAUUGCCCAGGUUAUUAUAAUAAAUGUAGAUAAACGUACUGUAAAUGACAUUUUCUAGAACUUUACUAUUUAUAGGUCCUAUUGUACUGGUCCUUCACAGUAAAGCCUUUUUUUUCCAUUUUAUUUUUUUUUUACAUAACCUAGAGGACUGUUAUAAUGUAUGUACUUUUCAGUUGUUCUUAUUUACCCUUAAGGUAAAAGGUUUAAAGAGAAGCUUAUAAAAAUAUAAAUUUAUAAAUAAUAAGGAAGUGUAAAGGUGUUAUAUAUUUAUUUGAUAUUCUAAUGGAUUUUCUAAUGGAAAAUCGUUUUUUUUUAUUCAAAAUGUAUAAAGUUAAUUUAGUUCGAGUUAAAAGUUCACACUAACCAGUCUUGUCCAAUAAGCCAUUAUUUUCUGGUGUGCAGUUUUGGACUGGAUACUGUACUGUUUGUCACUAGUUCUUGUUUCCCUGUCAUAUAUAGCCUGUUGAUUGUGAUGUUUAGUGUGUUAAGAGUUUAAAGAUGGUGAAGCCACAGUUGUUAAAUAUUUAUGCCCAGUGUUUCACUACUAUUGUGUGCAAUGUAGUUUUAAAAGCAAGAAUGUUUAAUUUAUACUUUUAAAAAGAUUAGGCACUUAUAUAUAAAUGUAAAACUAUAUAUAAUGUAAACCAGGUACUGUGCAAACAAGAUUUUAAUAUUUUUGUACAAAUAUUAUCCGAAACAUUCCUACUACCAAUUAUAUCAGCUAUAUCUUUACAAAGGGUAAAAUUUUGUAUCCCAUAGUAAGAUAAGGUAAUAUUUUUGAAAAAGUUGGGAGUUAUUAAAUCAGUCUAUUUUAUCUUUACUGUGAUAUAAACACUGUAGACCUUCAAAUAAUAAUACUGUGAACAAAAUUAUCAACUUUUGAGACCAGUACUCUUUAAAUUUAUUUGUAUCCUGUACUUCAGAAAUCUAUAUUUUGAGCAGGUCAACAACUCAUAUUAGAACAGCUCUGAACAAUUAUAAUCUGGUAUGACCGCUAUGAAAAGAGAAUAGUUAAUAGAGGUAUAGUGUAUUGUUGUUAUUGAAAAAUUAAUGUUUAUUUCAUCACACCUAUCACAUACAUUAUUGGAAAAGUUCCGGAAUGUCAGUCCAGUUUACAAUAUACAAAUAUAUAAUAUACAAUUCAGUUUUAUUUAUAGUACAUCAUAAGACAAAAAUAAAUAAAAAAGAAAUCAGUGAGGGAUUAAAAGAUAAUUACCCGCAAUUACCUAAUUAUUACUAAUGUAGCAUGGGGAUAUUUCCGACAAAGGAAAGGUGAAACUUUUGUCUUUAGAUAAUCACCCAAACCUGUGAGAUCUCAAUUCGCUAACAGUGCAGAUGAAAUAACAAUAAAAAAAACUAAAUAAAAUAUGAAUUAACAGUUUUCUUUGGGCCACAGAUAUGUCUAACCAUCUUGGGGGAAACUGUACAUUAGGCAUUAUGUCUUGGUAAUUGAUAAUCUUGGAUACCAAAUACAAGUAGAACAGUUUCUCCUUCAACCAGGACAUUUUCCUAAAACAAAAUCUAAUAUGAGCUUUCAGACCCUUAUUUCUCAAAUCAAAAAUAAAAGAUGAUUAGAAUUUGACAUACCCUGCUUAGUUUAAAAAGAUUGGUUUAAAAUAACCAUUCAAAUUAAAUGAAAAGGCCAAAAGAAAGUUGACAGACUGUGCACUCCAUUGGGAUUAUUGUAUGAUUAUUGAUAAUAGGAAUGUUACCCAACAACAAAGGAGCUGUUAUUAAAAUCAAGCCAGUCCUUCAGGAGUUACUAAUCAGAGCUGUCUUAUUUAAUAUCAUUUUUAUACCAAUAUUGCUCUUAGACUAUAUGUUGUAAAUAGAAACACCUGUUACCACCUUCAUAACUGAAGGUAUGGAAGAAAAAAGCAAUUGUAAUUGUGGGUGACCUAUUGGAGUCCAUUUGAGUUUGUCUAGCUUUGACAUGUGGGAUUUAGCAAGCGAAUACCCCUCACUGUGCAGUUUUUACAUUAUCAGCGCACAACUUGCCGACAAUCCAGAGAAAUCAUUUGUUCAUUAAAAGCCAAUUUUUGUGUUUGUUUU